GAACGCCGGAAAUGUCUGAAUCGUGUCAUUUCUUUGAGGAUAGCGAAGUUUGGGUGUACUGUGUUGUUGACCUGUCAGCAUUGUAAUAAAAGUUGCUACUACUGACAGGUGGUUUGCUCUUUGGGUAGUUGCUGUUUUCCGCUAGCAGCACAGCGCUAGUUUGUAUUUACUGUUGUUGCUGCUGUCCUAAGCUACGGGUAAAGUUAGCGCAACAAGCCGUGCUAGCUAGCAUUCAAUUGUAGCUAGCAGCGCCAGCUAGGUUUCUUGCAGUUAGCUAGCUAGCCUGCUGGCAGUACCAGGAUAGGAAGCCGCCCACUCCAGGAAAACAGGUUUCCGGACAAAAAAGAGUGAACGAUGGAGGCCCAAAGCUCCAGUGAGCUGCUGCUGUCCAGGAAGAGGAGAAGAGAGGGCUCCAAUGGGGAGACCGAUGAGGGGGAGCGGCUUGUGAAAAUUCCCAGAUGUACUGUGGGUUUGAGGCACCCUGCACCUUUUGCAGAUGAGCUGGAGCCAGCUGAUGAUAAACCCUAUGUGAGAGUCAGCAUGGAGGAGGCCAAGAGGGGAACUCCACCUGACAGACCGGUGCGGGUGUACGCAGAUGGCAUCUUUGAUGUUUUCCACUCGGGUCACGCCAGAGCACUCAUGCAGGCUAAAUGCCUCUUUCCUAAUACACACCUCAUUGUUGGAGUGUGCAGUGACGACCUGACCCACAAGUACAAGGGCUUCACAGUGAUGAAUGAGGACGAGCGCUACGACGCUGUCACACAUUGCCGCUACGUGGAUGAAUUGGUGCGAAACGCUCCCUGGACACUGACGCCGGAGUUUCUCGCCAAACAUCGUAUUGACUUUGUGGCCCAUGACGACAUCCCAUACUCCUCAGCGGGUAGUGAUGAUGUGUACCAGCACAUUAAAGAAGCUGGUAUGUUUGCUCCCACCCAGCGGACAGAGGGCAUCUCCACUUCUGACAUCAUCACACGCAUUGUCCGAGACUACGAUGUAUACGUCAGACGCAACCUGCAGAGAGGCUACACAGCCAAGGAGCUCAACGUCAGCUUCAUUAAUGAGAAGAAGUACAACCUGCAGGAGCGCGUGGACAAGGUGAAGAGGAAGGUGCGUGACGUGGAGGAGAAGAGCAAGGAGUUUGUCCAGAAGGUGGAAGAAAAGAGCAUCGACCUCAUCCAGAAGUGGGAGGAGAAGUCCAGAGAGUUCAUUGGCAACUUCCUGCAGAUGUUUGGCCCUGAAGGAGCUCUGAAGCACAUGCUGAAAGAAGGAAAAGGCCGUAUGCUGCAGGCGAUCAGCCCCAGGCACAGCCCCAGCAGCAGCCCCACGCAUGAGGAGCGCUCUCCCUCUCCCACCUUCCGCCUUCCCUUCUUCAACAAGACCUCGCCGUCACCCUCGCCUCCACCCCACCACAGCGGGACUCGAAGUUACCUAAUCAGUGACGACGAUGAUGACGAAGAUGAUGAAAACUAGAGUGCAUUUGAAUUCUCAUUGGCUUUGUUGGGUUGCAGUCAGUGUUACCAGUUGACCAAGCUGUUGAGUAGCUGUCAUUUCAUGGAGCUAUGGCUCCUUUUUUUCUGUUUUACUUUGAAGUUUAGCACUUAUCAACCAGCUUCUCCACUGCUCUUGUUUUUAACAGCCAGUUUUGUCCUUUUUGUUCCUGUGUAAGGGUCAGUCAGUCAAGUCACCACUGAUCAAGUGAGUUAGUCUCACCCAUCUCAGUCACUUUUGGUGUUGAGUAGUCACUCACUCUCACUUAGGGAUAUUUUGCAGGUGUUACAGUGUAUUCUCCAGGUUGGCACUGUAAUUUUAGUAUUUUGUUUUUCUUCUGGUCUUGGUUUUAGCAGGAGGGCUCGCAGGGUUUUUCAUCAUUUGUUGGAACAGCAAAUGUUUUGGUGUGGGAGAGCAGAGCUGAGACCUCCUGGAGACUGUUAAAUAUUUCUGUGGGACCUUUAUCACAGCAGCGCAGGUUUAAAUAAUCUGCUUGUGUGGGCAGUACACAGCUGAAUGUGAGAACAUUGGUGUUAAGUGUUUACUACACAGCAGCUUUUUGUCAAGUUUGAUUGCUUUUCGGCUGUGUGCGUGUGUGUGGCUGUGCAUGUGAUGUUUUGGGUGCAAUCUCCUCCAGUGUGUUAGCAUGUUCCAAGUGUCUUCUGUCAGCGCUCUCCAUCUGUUGACCGAUCUGGAUUCAGCUUGACGUUACUGCUUAUAUUAAUACAUUCGUUUUUAAAUAUUUUUUUGUCAGGGGACAAGAAUCAGUUUUUGGAAGACUCAUUUUGAAAUGGACGCUUUUCAAUGUUGCGUCAGAGAAAGGCUCGAUCGCAAGGAUGAUGCAUUUAAAUGUCAAUGUCAAAAUACUUAUUUUUGCAGGUUUAAUCUUUCCUUUCCUUUUCUUUACAGAAUAUGAUCUUAAUCAUGCCUGAACAAUGAAUCAACAUGAGAAAGAAUGGACUUAAAUAUAUACAUAAUUUUUUUCUGUUUUGUAAUGUACAUCUGGGCAAGGAAAGUAAAUUUCCUUCUGAGAACUAAUAUUUAAUCUAAGAAUUCGCAUUUGGUUAGUUUGAGCAGAAAAUUGUUUUCUCAUGAUAAGGUCUCCACAUUUUGGUAGUGUACAUACCUGGGAAAUUAUACACACACAUUUAAGGCUCUGGGGGUUUUCCAAAUCAUGCAGCAGUCUACAGGGGUUCCACUGAAGUGAACUGAAUCAUUUGCAUUGGUUUAGAUGUAUUUUGAUAGACUUGACAGUGCUGUGUCACAUAGGUGGGUGAGAGGGUCGUGAAACUCCAGAUCAAUAUUUAUGUAGCUACCUCCUUCUCUCCUGAACUGAUUUGUUUCAAUUUUUCUGUUCUGAACAGAGCCAUUGUUGCAGCACUGAAGCAACAUGACUCAUGGUGUGUCCUCCAUCUCUGGUGAUAAAGCAUGUGUUUCGUCUCCUAUAUAACUGAAAAUGAAAUAGUACAGGUGAUCUGAAGAUGUAAUGCAAUAUUGUUCAAUGACUCUAAUGUAAAUGUCAACUGAUAUCGGACUGAUGUAAUCUAGGCAUGUUUCCCAAAAACACUUAUGGUUUAACUCAACGUUUUUCUGCAGCCACUAAGACUGCCUUUGUCAAUGUGAACAGAAAUCAUUUUUUAACAUUGGGAAAUAACUCAAUUCCCAUGGUUACAAAGUCUUUCUUUUCCUUUUACAAGUACAAUACUAGUA